UGGAAUAUAAUCUUUAGAGGUAAGGCUACAAUACAUAAACACAAUCUCAUGGCUAGCUUGCAAAUUAGGCUUGUUUGUUUGGCAAUUGUGUGCUUGGCACUUGGCGCAACCAUUCCCAAGGCCCAAGGAGCAGUGACAUGUGGUCAAGUUGUGAACAACUUGACCCCAUGCAUUUCCUAUGUGGUUUAUGGUGGAAACAUGGUUCCUGCCCAAUGCUGCAGUGGUGUCAAGAACCUCAACAGCAUGGCUCGAACCACACCAGACCGCCAAACCGUUUGCAACUGCAUAAAGAAUGCUGUUAGCAACAGUGGUUUCACUUACACUAGUUUCAAUCUUAAUCUUGCUGCUGGCCUUCCCAGGAAAUGUGGUGUUAACAUUCCUUACCAGAUCAGUCCCAAUACAGAUUGUAGCAGGGUGCAGUGAGGUUGAUGCAUGAUGUAUAGAGAAGUGCCUCAAGAGGGAUGCUAUGUUGGUAGUGUUUAAAUAAGAGGCCACAUGACAUGUCA